UCUUCUGUUCUGUAAACAAAGGAGAGCCAUUGAACUCAGUCUUCCAGUAUCCUAGGAGGUGUGAACUCCUCCUAUGGGCCUAGGUUUCAGCUCCCAUUGGUCUGACCUGUGAACCGGGAUGUCACCAGGUCAAUAAAGGGGGUCCGCGGCCAUUGUUCUUUCUCUUUCUCUUGGAAUCCUUCACUGCAGCAGACAGCUGUGGCUGUCUCCCUCUCAGCAUGUGGCUUGCUAACAGCAGACACACAGCAGAACUGAAAACUCUCUCUUACAGAAGCAAUACAAGGACCUAUGUAAGAUUUCUGCAACAGUCGUUAGCACCAAUGGCAACUACACCGCCGAUGGUUCCUCCAUCUGUACAGCAAGGACUUUCCUUCGAUCGGAACCAACAUCCUUCUCUGCCUGGCUCAUUCCAACGGAACCGCCAGAAAAUAACAGCCGCAUGUUCAAAGCAACCUUUCUUCCUUUACGGACUGGAGGGACGAAGCCUGACAAUCAAGCUGAGGAAGAGGAAGACUGAGAAGAAGGUGGAGUGGUCCAGUGACACUGUCGACAAUGAGCACCUGGGAAGAAGGUCUUCAAAGUGCUGCUGUAUUUAUGAAAAGCCCCGACAGUUCGGAGAGUCGUCCUCUGAAAGCGAGGGAGACGAUGAUGAUGAAGGGUGCGGCAGUGCUCACUGUAUCCUGGGCCACGGCAGGAGAGGCCAUGAACAGAGAGGGGGAGGGGGGACCACAGUGCCCCCGAACUCUGGAGUGUCACACACCCACUAAUUAGCCCUGCAGGCUGAUUGUGGGGUCUGAGUCGUUUCUCACUACGACAAUGACGGAUUACAAAACUGCACUCUUUCUUUUUUUUUUUAGUUUAGUUCCACCACUGAGGUCCAGGCAGACCUGAUGCUGCGUUCCAGUCAUGAGUCAGAAGCUCCCAGCUACUGGAGCAGGAUUACAGCCUCUGCCCUGCUGCUCUGAAAAACAAAGAGCAACAUGGAUUAUUGAAUUAGCCUAAUUGAAAAUCCUGCUCUCCUUUCAACAGCUAAAAGCAUGCUCAGUAUUGUGCCAACUGACAUAUGUAACAUGGAAUGAUAACUACAAGUUCACAUUUUUUCAAAUUUCAAGUUAAAAUUUCUUUUAAACUCUUUAUCACAAAGGAGACAUGUGAUGAUAACAAAAUAAUAGAAAUGGCCAUACCAGUCUUUUUGCAUGUUUUAGCACUUUUACUACAAAUCACACACACUAUGCAUUACGUCACUGCUAAGCAUUUUCCAAAGCAUUUCAUAGGAUGGUAGAAUUGGUAGAUGCUUUCCUAUUUUCCAGGCACCCAUGGGUUUCCAUUCAUUUCACUGUGCUAUGAAAAUAAGGUUUGUAAUCCAUCACAGUGAAUAUCAUGUUUGCUUUUAUUUUUGUCAGAGUUGUUGUCCAAAAGCCCAAAGAUUUUCACUUUACAAAUAUUUGCCAAUAUAUAAAUAUAUUGGCAAAUUUUGCUGAUUAAACGACUCAUACCAUUAUCAAAUAAUUUUCUGUCAGUCAUCAGCCUGCACUUACACCUGUAUUACUGCCCAAUGGUAACUAAACUUUUUACAACAAUAAAAAACUAUGGGUUACAUAAGCCAAGCAAGUAUCAAGCCUCCACAAGCAUGAUUUUUAUACCACCUGGCAGAGUGCAGUAUGCUUUGGAAAAUGGUCAGCAGCAGUGAUGUAAAGUGUCUGAUUUGUCCUGAAUUAGCUAAUACAUAAAAGCACUAGUUAUGAUGUCACCACAAUCAGACCUUUGCCCAGACUCCAUGCUUGUAAAUCCAGCUGGAAAUGCAGUCACGUUGCACUUUCCCCAGCAGCAUAUUGGACUUUCUGACUGUGAGGCAUCUCUGGAACGCAGCAUACAGUAUGUAUGUGGAGCUUUGAAGAGAUUGUCGUAGAGAGGCCAUAAAAUGUUCUCUGGCUAUGUCUUUUCCUUUUGACCAAGCAGCAGAGUUAAUUGUAUAUAAUACAGCACAUUGUUUUUUAUUUAUUUGCUGGUCUUAAUUCUAAAUUUGCUAAUAAUUGACAUGCAGUCGACCGCAGUCUGUGUAGUAGCAUUGCAAUUACAAACCAGUAUGUGAGAAUUAGAAUAGAGUGCAUUGAAAAACUGGAGACCAACAAAGAUCUCACUUUUAUAUUUAGUUGAGUGAGCAUUGCUGUUUCUCAUUUGUAGUUCAGUUUGAAAGUUAAUGCCAACCUUUGUGACGAUUGCUGAUAGAACACACACAAGACUGUAAUUACAUUAUAACUACACACGUUUUAAGCAUCAGUAUGCUCUGGUAGGCCUAAAUAAUCAGAUUAGAGAACCCAGCCCUGGGCGCUGUUCUUCAUAUGUGGAUAACUUAAUUAACUUGAUUUAAUUGUUGAUGAUUUAACACAAACCUUGAUUUCUUCAAAACCUGUUUUAAAGUUUAUCUGGAGCUGUUGUCAUAGCAACAAGACCUUAAGCCCAAACCUGCAAAAGUGCAGCUUACUCACAGUUUGCUGGAUCAUGACUAAAACCUUUUGAGGGAAAAAACAUCAUUGUGUAAUUCAAAACUUUGACAAUAGAGAGUAAAUAAGAGUAAACUACCUAUAUAUGGGAUCAAUUUCUACAAACAAAUCGGAUGUCUUACUGCAGGUUUUUCAGUUCUUCCAAACAAACCUUCAUUUUAUGUGGAGCUGAUGUGCGAUCGACAAACCCUUAAGGUUAAAAAAAGUUUAAACACAUUCACAGUUAAAUGGAUCAUGUGCUAGCCUUUUCAAGGUUAACCUCAUACAUGAAUGAUUUUUCAAAUCCAAAUGAUGGCUCAUUUUGGGCCCGUAAUUUCCUAAUAAUCUUCAGAAGGUUUUCUGGGAAGAACAACAUCAGUUGGUACACUUCCAAUUAAUUGAUUCCAAUUAUUUGCUUGUGUAACACUGAGAGUCUUUAGGCAGAGCACAGCAGGUCAAUUGAACAUGCAAAAGCAGGUAAUAUAUGCAAUACAGUAUACUAUUCAACAUCCAAACGUCUCUGAAAUAACCCUUUACUGAAUGUUGUUAGAACUGUUUAGAAGAAAACAUAUACAUUAUUGUUGGUGUAAUAAUCACAGUUUAAUACACAAUGUUAAUAUCAAUAAACAUGUACAUAUGCAUGCUAAAAAUACAAUAAGAUAAAAUCAUUACAUUAAAAAAUAACUUCAGAUUUGGUUGUUAUUACUAUGAGCAAAAGGGAUCAAUUCUGCUUAAAGCUUCUGUUAGUAAAACAAUGGAAUCACAAAACUUAAGCAGUCAGUUAUAUUAAAUUAGAGACUAUCUUAAAAAUGAUCAAUCAGUCAGAUUACUGAACACCGUUAACAAAUCGGUCAUACAAAAUCAUUUCUUGUUUUAGAGUGCCUUUAGUUCCUAUUAUUUAUUAUUAUUUUUGGCAGUCUGAGGUUAAAGUGUAAUUUCAUAGUUAUAUCUGCAGACACAUUAUUAGCUCAUAUAUAAAAAAAUUUAAACUCAAAUAUUGAUAUCAGUAUUGGCCUCAAAAAUCCAGUAUUCUUACUAUAGUUAGAAUAUGUUGUAGAAUAUGUGUGAAAGCUCAAAUAUGCGCAGCCAUUCUGUAGCCACACCAUCAUGCCAGCCAGUAAUACUUGUGCUGACUCCUACUUCUUUUCUCUAAUGUUGCUUUUAUUUCAAAAUAAUAGUUUGCUGUUAUGAGAUAACUUUAUGUAAGAUUCAAAAAUCUAUCCUCCGCCUAUUUUGGAAGAACUGAAUUAGCUGGAUAAGAAUUGGCUAGAUUACAUUAUCUGGCUAACAUCAUGUAAACCUAGAUUAGUUGAACUACAUAUGAAGAAUGGGGGCCGGGGUAGUGAGCUAUUUCUGUGGCUUCAAACAAAACAUUAGACAAAACGGUCUUCUUGUUCUGUCAAAAUCAGUCACCUAAAGUCAAAGGCUGCCAGUUUAGCUUUUGACGUUAAACCUUUGAUUGUUUUUGCAGAGCUGUAAUUGUCAGUUUGCUGUAAUGAUUGAUUACAGAUCAAUCUGUAUUUGUCUUUUAAUUUUGUGACAGCAGUGGAUUUGAUGAAACCUCAUUAACAGAAGCGUGCUGGUAUUUUCAACUUCUAAAUCCUCUGCUGGUUUUCAUUUGCUUGAUUGAUUUUUAGAUAAAUCCAAUGUAUCCACUGGACAAUGUUAGAAAUUAUGACAUUUUUGCAUCAGAAGAAAGUGUUGAUUCUUUGCAUAGGAUGGUAAUGAGUGAAGUCAGAAUGGGUGAUGGUUGAGUUGCAACACCAGUGUGGAUGAAGAAGAGAAGUUCAUUUCUGUUAAUGUACUUAUUUGAUUAACUCUUUAGAUGAAGCCCCCAUAGGUUCCCAUUACAUUCAGCUGCACGUUGGUUGUUUAAAAAAAAUAAAAAAUUACAGUUUGACUCUAUGAACUCUAUUUAAAGACGAUGGGUUGUGCUUUUCCUGCUGUGCUCUGCAGAGUGACUGACAUGUUUUAUUUAUGUGAGGUAAAAAGAGACUGGAUCACAGCCGAUGUGGCGAACAGGGAAGGAGAGGUGAAGGUGCAUGACUGCUGGCCCAGGCUUUGUUCUCAUGUCUGUUAUGACCACAACUCACCUGAUACAGGCCCCAUCAUCAUCCUCUACAGUUUCAGACCAUGUUUGUUAUGUGACAGCAGUGUGGAUAUUACACUCAGUUCAUUUAUGCCACUACUUUAUAUAUCUAUACACAUUGACAUUGUUACAUAUGUACAUUGUUCUUGUACUGGCAAUGCACCUUUCUGUAUAUACUAUUAAACAUAAUGAGAGCAGAUAUAAUCUGAAUUAAAGUUUUGAACUGUGAUAAAA